AUGUCCACUGUAGCUACGUAUAAAGACUUCAAGCUAGUGAAAGGGUAUCUGAAGGUUAGUGCGAAGGAAUGGGUCAAAACCGGAAAAAAGAAGCACGUAGAGAAGAUUAGAAAUGCUGCCGUUGUUUUGAUCCUCCGGGAUGCGACGCAAAAGCAGGAAGGCAUCACUAUCCGAGACAAUGUUACUCGCUGUGGUAGCGGCGCCUCCAAAGAUGUGUUUAUGCUUGACAACUACAAUUUUGUAGUUAAGAUGAUGACAGAUGAGAAAACCAAGUAUGAGUGGAGAGCAGAGCAGCAAAGAUUUGAUCGGUACAAACAUGUCGUGGAGAAAGAAAUGAUGUACUGUUUCGGGCAAAUCUUCUUGGAGAAAACCAGUACGGGAGAUGGUGAUUGUUUUGAAGGAAAUUCUGCAAUGGUAAAAGGUGAUGCAUCUAUCCUGCUUGCAGAGAAGUUGAUCUUCACCGGCAAAUCGAAACUGACAUCACUUUUCGUGACAAUGCAAUGCACGCCUCAGGCAUGGGAAUCAUAUGUUCAGAUGCAGGUCGAGAUUUUGCGUCUUCUGUUCCGGUUCGUGCAUCAUGAUGUGGUACCUUGGGAUGCCAAGAUUGAUAAUGUCGGCCUGGCAGAAGCAAGGGAGCCGCAUUCAGCUCCAGUCUGGGUAUUUUGCGAUCUGGAUGGACUGCGAGACACGACAGAGUAUCCAAAUGUUGGAGGCUCUUUCAAACAGAUUUUGGAGACCAUGGUCAACCAAGAUCGCUUCCUGAUGCAGCCUCACCAAAACGAUGCGAUCGCCCAUGGCUGGCAAGCUCCUUAUGAAAAAGUGCAAACUUUGAUACUGGAAGCUUUGGUGACUCACGAAAUGGGCACUGAACGCUGGACGUUUCCAUCUCCGAGUCCGCCUUAUUUGAAAAGCCUGGAAACGCAGAUGCUGGCAGUGAAACCUGAGACGGGAGACAAGGAGGCGAACUUCCCAUAUCCUUUCACCCAAAAUUUGUUGCCGAGGACAUCUGCUUCCGAAGUGCAUCGUGCAGCAGCUUCUUCGCAUGCUGUCACUGCGCCAAUGGCACCUCCUCCUGCGGCAUCCCCAGAUGCAAGCAUGAAAUCAGCAAGUGAGAUAGCCAUGGGAUCGGAGUAUCAUUCGACGGGCAGUGGAUUUCAUCGUGGCUUACCACAGAGAGGCUGA